AGGAAUAAUGCCCACCGGGAAGGACAGCGAAUGCAGCAGCACAGCCCCCAGAAUGCCUUCUACCUGCGUCUCUCGACGCCAAUAUUUAAGCCGUUUGAGAAUCACGGCAGUGAACGGGUUGCCCCUCCACCCCUCCACAUUGUUGCUGCCACUGUAGAUGAAGAUGUUGCAGGAUUUGUUGUUGUUGCAGCACCCUCUGCUGGUGAUGCUGAUGGUGGUACUGUGCCAGGUGCAUUUGUAGGAGAAGUUGGAGCUGAUCAUCACAAUCUGUAUGUUGAUGUGUAUGUUGCUGGAGUUGGGACGGCCCCUCCGCGCAACUCGGAUGCAGAUGCAGUUCCGCUUGCAGUUGCUGUUGGCACUGUUGCUGCUUCUCAUGAUUUUGCUCGUGCAGGCAUUGCUGGUGCUGCAUCGGCAGGGGUUGUGGUUGCUGGUGUUGCGCCGGUGCUGACAGUUGUACGCAUUGUUGAGGUUGUGGGUGCGCGUGCAGGCAUUGUUGUUGUUGCACCGUUUGCAAUUGCGCCACUACAAUUUGUUGUUGCUGUUGUUGCACCGUUUGCAAUUGCGCCACAUGCAUUUUCUGUUGCUGGAGCUCAUAUUGCUGUUGUUGUUGUGACAAGCAUUGCUGCUGCAGCCGGGUGUCUUGUUGUUGCUGCGUCGGCAUUUGUGCUUCAAUUUGUUGGUGCUGCUGCUGCCGUGCCUGCAUCUCUUGAUCCAGUUGUUGCCGCAUUUGCAGUUGUGCCACGUGGGCUUACUGCUGGUGAUGCUGCUGCCGUGCCUGCAUCUCUUGGUCGAGUUGUUGUUGUGCUUGCUGUGUUUGUUCAGGCGGUUGUUGUUCCAGCAUCGGUUGUGCCUGCUGGUCUUGCUGUUGUUGCCACCGGACCAACAUCUGCGGUUGCUGGUGUGUUCGCAGUUGUGCAUCGUGUAGUUGCAUUUGCGAUUGUGCAGCGUUGCAGUGCCGUUGCGCCUCUUACUGUUGCACUUGCUGCUGUAUUUGCGGUUGUGCAUCGUGGGUUCGCUGUCGGUGUUGCAGCUGCGAUUCGUUGUGCUGCUGUUGGACAGUAGUGGGCGCGUGGGGCUGUUGCUGACCGGCUGGUUGAUGUGACUGUGGUCGCAGCCCCAAUUCCCUU